CGCCACUGUCACGGGGGGCCAGAAAACUCAAGCAUCAUUGGAAAUAUGAACUAGGGAGCUAGAGAUACUAUAGAAGCUCGGAAAAACCUUAGAGGACUAAAUCAUCUGUCGGUGGGUUUGUCCUGGACAUCUCAGCGUAAACUCUGAGCGUUCUUGACAGGACAGAUCGGAUGAGCCUCCGUACCGCAGUGGGACCUUUUAUCUCCACAACCACAACCUGGCAUCCACAGCUAGAAUCGCCAUGAUCCGAUACUGUGAAAUCGGAUGACAAUGGCCCGAUAACUCUACACCGGGACACAGCGACCCGUCCGACUCCAGAACAGAGACGCACUACUUGAAUGACCGCUUGGCCUGCAUCAUAAACAACAUUGCGCCACUACCUCAAUAUCCUCGCCCGGCUCUUGCGGGAGGCGGCAGCACAGCCCAGCAACCAACAUGUCGACAAUCGACACGCUCAAAGCCGCCUUCGAGGCAUCCCUCACGCCGACCCCAAGCGUCAUCUCGAUCGGGCUGGCCAUCGUCCUGCUGAUUCCCAUCAUCCUACAUUUCAUCUUCUCGGCAACAACACCCUAUACAACUCUCCCAUCCGUCUUGCUCGUCGGUCCCUCGGGCGCCGGCAAGACUGCCCUGCUCACCCUCUUCGAGCGCGGGCCCCUCUACCACAACAACAACCCCGCGGUCCCUACCCCUGUCGCCGAAACCCACACCUCCCAGACGCCCUCGACCGUCGAGCUCGCCGUUUCAACUGACAGGCCGACCACUACCUACCGCACCGACCUCGACGCAACAGGAGCGACCGCAAAGAAAUUCCUUCUGAUCGACACGCCAGGCCACCCCAAACUCCGCCGUCACGCCCUCGCGCACCUCGCCUCCCCCUCCGCAACCAUCACCCCAUCCCUCCUCGUCUCCCCCGCCGCCCAAAAGGGGGAAGGAGCCGAAACCUCCAAAUCAAAACUCAAAGCCCUCGUUUUCCUGGUCGACGCCGCCGCCCUCGCAGACACGGACAGCGCCGCGCUGUCAUCGACGGCCGAGUACCUCUACGACGUGCUCCUGACGCUGCAGAGGCGCUUCCUCCGGCGCAGCGGGUCGCGCGCGCCCUCGAACGUGCCCGUGCUGGUGGCGGCCAACAAACUGGAUCUGUUCACCGCGCUGCCGGCGGCGCUGGUCAAAAGUCAGCUUGAGGCGGAGCUCAGCCGGAUUCGCAAGACGAGGAGUAAAGGGCUGUUGGACUCGGGGGAGGCUGAUGGGGAGGUCGUGGGUGGGGAGGAAGGGGAAGGGUGGUUGGGGGCUGUCGGGAGCGACAAGUUUAGUUUCAAGGAGAUGGUCGAGUUUGAUAUUGAGGUGGAGGUUAUCGGGGGGAAUGUUGUUGGGGAUGGGCCAGGGGCGGAUAAGUGGUGGAAAUGGAUCGGCGAGAGGAUUUAG